AAUCGGAGAAAACAAAAAAUACAAUCCUCGUUAUUUGCGCCAGGAAGUAAAUUAGAAGAAGAUUUUUUUCAAAAGUUAUUUAUGUAGAAUGCCGAAAAUUGUGGAGUUACGCUCAAACCGUAGCUUAUUACAAAGCAAUUUUGAUGGGUACAAACUGUCCCUAGAUCCAGUGGCUUUACUACGUCAGGAACUCCCAUAUGCUCCUCAUAAAGCUGAACCAAAUGAGGAUCAAUAUUCCUUACUGCAUGCAGAACUUUUUUCUAUGCAAAAUUUGCAGCAAGUAGAUCCGUGGGCUCGCACGGAUUCGUACUAUGUUAGCCGACUUGCCGAAGUUGUGCGGGCAGCUUACAAUGAGCCUUCUGGACGUGCGGAAUCAGUGCAGGUCGUAUAUCGCCUUUCAACACAUACGCCGCGUGUCAAAGGAGAUUACAAUUAUUCCAUGCGUUUUAUAUCUGAAAAGUAUUGCGUUCUAUGUGAUGGGAUUCAACAUCUGUUUUUAUUAGACACAAACGAUCGUACUAAAGCAGCUAAAUGGAAGUUGAUUGCCGAAACGCCUAUAGUGGCAUUUGCUAAUUCUAUAUCUUCUGAGCGCAAUUUUUGCUUGUACGAUUGUCGUUUGGAUAUCGUACAGGAGGAAAAGCAAAUUAGUUUAGCGAUAGGUAGAGUCGAAAGAAACGACAGUUCCUCCGGCGGCGGCUCCAAACAUUUUAUGCAUUUGCAUUGGGCCAAAUGGAUACACAAUAAAGAAUGGUUGUUUUCGAUACUCGAUACUCUUGAGGGAAAAGGCUCGUUAUAUUAUUGUGCAUUUGAACCCCGUGCUGAAUCUAUUAUUAUUUGUUCGAACCAUGAAUACACUUUUCGUUCUAAAAAAUCGUCUGAUAAUAAAGAAAAUACUGAUAAGAUUCCGUUGUAUAAAGAAGUAUCUGAAAUUAAUGGCUUCACAUGGACGCAAACAGACGACGAUAUAACUAUAAAAUUUGACGUUAAGGAAGGAAAGGAAAGAACCGAUUACAGUGUCAAUUAUGCUGCUGAUAAACUGACCGUGAAGUGUUGCGAAGAAGUGCUUUUUGAUAGUCAGCUCUUCGGUAAGGUUGACCAAGACUUGACCACAUGGACAAUCGAAAACAAUUACUUACAAAUAACGUUGGUUAAACGAGUUUUAACUUUGAAUUGGCCAUCGCUUCUAUGUGACAACGUUGGCCCUGAAGAAACUUUAGACAAAAGCGGACAAUCCGAUUUACCUAUAGAUCAAAGGCCUAUUGUCAACUUGGAAGCUCCUAUUGAGGAUUGUGACUUUCCUAUGUCUGGCAUUGAAGAGGAAAUACGAAUUGGCCGCUAUCAUCUGUCAACGAAGUCAAUAACACACGCUGUAUUACUAGGUUCAUCGCCUCCCCUUUUCUCCACUAACCUGCGACCAGGUUUCCCCAAUGCUUUGGCAAUACGCCAAGAUGUUGAUGCUGGGCUCUGGUUGCAAAACUACAAUCCAAAUAAACCUGAAGACUGGUCUCUGCGGCACGAAGCCAACUUGCAUGCAUUUGGAUAUGUGCAAGCUUCUAAGCAACAAAGGAAAUUCAUUGACUGUUCACCAGACUUCAAUUAUGCUCUCAUCUGUGAAUCGCAUCGCCAUGUUUUCCUUUACAAAUCAAAUUAUGAUGGUGCAGAUGGUCUACGAAAUCGUAACGGCCCGCAAGUUAGGUUGGGAAAGCAACACUUAGUAACCUUGGAAGAUGCAGGAGAAGUUCUCGGACUUGCAACUGCGGAAAGCGUUGUGACCAUAUUGACGGAACGUUGUCUGUUACAUUUGCAAUUAAGUUAGCUAAACUAUUACUCUAAAUUAUUUUGAAGUUAGGCCAAAAAUUCCAAAAAGAUUAACGUUCACGCAUCAAAUGUGUGAUUUUUUUCUAUUAACAAUGAAUAACCAACAAUAAUGGCCGUACGA